UCGUCAUUAAAAUAUGUCUUUUCAAAAGUGUCGACAAUUUUUGAUGUUUCGGUGGAACGAGGUUGGAGAAAACUUUUAUUAAUUUGCCAAGAGUUCCAACAUAUUUAAUUUAUAAAAAUGUCAACAACGGAGGGCCAAAUCGGUGUCAAUACUAAUUUGCAAGAGCAAAAUCUAGAAAAUCUCGAUAUCAGUAAUUUGACCGCCUUGUCACCGGAAGUAAUCUCGCGUCAGGCAACAAUUAAUAUUGGAACAAUUGGUCAUGUAGCUCACGGCAAAUCGACUGUGGUGAAAGCACUUUCAGGAGUGCAAACUGUUCGUUUUAAAAACGAACUCGAAAGGAACAUCACCAUUAAGCUUGAACGUAUUCCAUAUGAAAAACUUUUGCGAAUAACCAAAUCAACACAGCUUCUGCGUGCAUUUCUUAGGGAAGUAAAUCUUAAAUGCCAAAAACACCGUCGUGAACAACUUCACGAUGAACUUAGAUUUCAAUUGCCAAUGACACCUACAAGUGAGCGUUCAAUCAGGCAUGCGUCAAGCCCUAGUUCAGGCUAUGAGAGCGCUAUUGACGUAUCCGAUCUGGAAUCGGUUCAGAGUCUUCGUAUUCGCCAGAAUACUCCGACAACAACCAGUAAUAAAUCUAAAAGUAAAAAAAGUAGCAAAUCCAAAGCAAAAGCUGAAUAUGUCGUCGAAUCCAUUGAGAGUAUGGAGUCACACAAUUCGUUACCUUUGUACUUUGUCAAAUGGAUGGAUUACCCGCCAAGCACAAACACAUGGGAGCCCUUUGUUAAUGUCAGGGAAUGUCAACAUUUGAGUAUAUUUCUUGAAGAGGAACUGCAAAAGUACGAAGUAACAAUCGAUCAAAUUCACGAUUCGAUUCGCAAAGAAAUCGAGGAAAAUAACGAAACUCUUACAGCAGCAGACGUGAAAAUAGAUGAAUUGGAUGAUUUCGAUAUAUUGGCACAUCAAUCGGAUUUGGUGCUACUUGCUCAAUUUAAACUGUCUGGUUCGAAAGCCAAAAUUGAAUCGGGCAAGAUAAGGGAACGUAUAAAGAAAGUUACAUUAAUGAAACCUUUUAUCAUGCAGCGCAUGCAACAACUUAGAGAUAUUACGCGCUGGGAGCUAACUGUUAACGAGAUUGAAGUAGAUGCCAAGGUUACUGUAGAGAACAAGGCUGAUCUGGAUGUGCCCGAUCCAAUGUUCAAUUAUAUCAAAAACAGUAUUGCGGGUAAGGGAGUUGAAAUUAUGGAAGACCCACCGAUUGGUUGUAAGUGUGAUAAUUGUGAAUCAGGAUCACCGUGUUGUUCGAAAAUGGCUGGUGGUAAAUUUGCCUACGAUAAAACUGGUCGACUCAGAAUACGUUCCGGUGAGGCUAUAUAUGAAUGCAAUAAAUUGUGUAAAUGUGGUCCAGACUGCUUAAAUAGAACCAUACAGCGUGGACGCAAAAAUGCUCUAUGUAUUUUCAAGACUAGUAAUGGCUGUGGCUGGGCCCUUAAGACACACAAUGCCAUUCGUAAAGGCGACUUUGUUUGUGAAUACGUUGGUGAAAUUUUGCUGGCGGAUGAAGCUAACGAACGUGGCAAACAAUACGAUGCGAUUGGUCGAACAUACUUAUUCGAUUUGGACUAUAAUACAUCGGCAGAGAGUGUAUAUACUAUUGAUGCUGCCUUCCAUGGCAAUGUAUCGCAUUUCAUAAAUCAUUCAUGUGACCCCAAUUUGGCCGUAUUUCCAGCUUGGAUAAAUUGUUUGGAUAUAAAUAUGCCACGAUUGGCUUUCUUCGCUAUUAAACCCAUUAAAGCUGGAGAAGAACUAACAUUUGACUACAUUUGUCGUGAUCAUGAGUCUGAUCUCAAGUACGAAAAUUUAUCGGAGGCUGAAAAAGUUGCAUGCCGAUGUGGAGCCGAAAAUUGCCGAAAGGUUUUAUUUUAAAUGUUGGCAUUAAUUUUUUAAAAAAUUUUUCUUAGUUCAGAUAUUAGAAAGUUUUUGUUAAUUUUUGUUUGAGUUCUAGAACAAACGCACGUUUUUUUUUUAUUUAAAGAAAACAAUACUUUUUAAGUUUAAACAUGGUAUGCGCAUGUGCAUUAAAUCAUUAUUAUUAUUACACAAAUAAAACACAGUAAAUAAAAAGGAA